AAAAUCAACUCUCCAUUUUAGAAAUUUCCGUCACAUUUUCCGGAGGACGGAACUCUGAUAACUCACCCAAACUACACACACCACCAACACAAAUCUCGAGGAGAGAGAAAAACCCUCAAAAAAACCUUCAAUCUUCUUCAAUGGCGGUUUCCAGCAGCUGCUGCGCUAGGGUUUUUCCCCCAUUUGAGUGCCGCUCUGAGCCUGAAUUCUCCGCUACCUUGAAACCCGACAUCCCUUCCUCAAACGCCGGUAAAUACCGCCGGACUUUCGCCGGAAUUGGCGGGAGUUCGUUUUCCGGUACUAGCGGUCUUUCUUCGAUGAUCUUGCGGUUUCCUCCGAACUUUGUGCGGCAGUUGAGUACCAAGGCUCGCCGGAACUGUAGCAACAUCGGUGUUGCGCAAAUUGUUGCGGCUUCAUGGUCGAACAAAGAGGGUGAUUUUAGCGGUGUUCCGGCGGCUACUGCCGUCGACGCCGCUGCCAUCGCCGCCGUCGAAAUCGUGAAUGAUUCGUCGGAGGUUGAUGAUGCUGUUGAUGUACUUGGUGAUUGUAAAACUAACAGUGAUGGUGAUGGUGGUGUAGAGUUUUCUUCUUACGAUUUUUUGAGCUCUGAUGGAAGUCUUGCUAUUCAUGCUGGUGAACGAUUAGGGCGCGGCAUAGUUACUGAUGCGAUUACUACUCCAGUAGUUAACACCUCUGCAUACUUCUUUAAGAAAACUGCUGAUCUUCUUGAUUUCAAGGAGGGGCGUCAAACAAGUUUUGAGUAUGGUCGGUAUGGUAAUCCUACAUCACAGGUUUUGGAAGAGAAGCUUAGUGCACUUGAAGGAGCUGAAUCAACAAUGUUAUUGGCAUCUGGAAUGUGUGCAAGUAUUGUCAUGAUGUUGGCUCUGGUUCCUGCCGGAGGCCAUAUUGUGACUACUACUGAUUGCUACCGCAAGACCAGAAUGUUUAUUGAGAAUUUCCUCCCAAAAAUGGGAAUCAAGGCAACAGUCAUUGACCCUGCUGAUGUUGAAGGCCUGAUGUCUGCAUUGGAUCAGAAUAAUGUGACUCUUUUCUUCACAGAGUCUCCGACCAAUCCAUUUCUUAGAUGUGUUGACAUUAAGCUGGUAUCAGAUCUUUGCCAUAAGAAAGGAACUUUGGUCUGCAUUGAUGGAACAUUUGCCAGCCCGCUUAACCAGAAGGCCCUAGCCCUGGGUGCUGAUCUUGUUGUGCACUCAAUGACAAAAUUCAUUGGGGGACAUAAUGAUGUGCUUGGUGGUUGCAUCAGUGGCUCACUAAAUUUGAUAUCUGCAAUACGCAAUAUGCAUCACAUUCUUGGCGGAACUCUUAACCCAAAUGCCGCGUACCUGAUCAUUCGUGGUAUGAAGACCCUACAUCUUCGUGUACAGCAGCAGAAUACUACCGCAAUGAGGAUGGCCGAAGUUUUAGAGGCACAUCCUAAGGUGAAGCGUGUUUAUUAUCCAGGCCUUCCUAGUCACCCUGAGCAUGAGCUGGCUAAAAGGCAAAUGACUGGUUUUGGUGGAGUGGUUAGUUUUGAGAUUGAUGGUGAUCUGCAUGACACAAUUAAAUUUGUUGAUGCAUUGAAGAUUGCUUAUAUCGCUCCAUCAUUUGGAGGCUGUGAAAGCAUUGUCGAUCAGCCCGCAAUCAUGUCUUACUGGGAUCUUAGUCAAUCUGAGAGGCUAGCAUAUGGUAUCUCAGACAACUUGAUUCGAUUCAGUUUUGGAGUUGAGGACUUUGAGGAUUUGAAGGCAGAUAUGCUUCAAGCUCUAGAGGCUAUUUAAGGCGCAAAUUCUUGCUUUUUUUUUUUUUUUUUUUUUUUAAUACAGUACCUUGUUUGUUUUUAGGAUGCUUUUUCAUCCCCUAAAGAUUUCUCUUCAUUGCGGUUGGUGAUUCAUUUAUAUGAUUCCCGAUUUUCCCAAUGUAACAUUGUAUUUGCUUAUUUCAUAAGAAACUAUUCAUUUUCGUUGUUAUUUGCUGUUGCUCUUUGUUCCCCGUCUAUUAGUCAAGUUCUCAUGGUGGCAACUGGCAAGAUUUGAGGUUUUGGAUUUUGAUUGAGAAUUUCUCUUCAAUUUAUUUUAGAAAAUUUCUCA